GCGCCAUAUUCGAGUUGUUGCUGGUGUUUGGUGAAAAUUUGCUACGAAUUUCUAGUUUUGAAUUCAAGAUUAAAUCGAAAAUAACAGUGGCGACUGGUUUAGCACAUCUGACUGUUGACCAUGCCAGCAGCUGUGGAUGUCCACACACCUGCCCAGCGGGGGGCAGCCCUGUUCAGGAACCCCUCCAGCGUCACCACGCCCACAGACUUCAUCUCACCCUCAACCUCCUCCCGUCGGCAUCCACCCCCUCUCCCCGGCCAGUCGGCCCUCCACGGUCAACAUGUCAGUGUCCCCGAGAAUGAUGACGCAGCCGAACGUCGGCAGAGGCGGCGGUCCAAGGUUCUGGAGAUGCAGCGGCAGUUUCAGAGCCCAGGAACACCAAGCGACAGACGGCGAUCGUUAUCCCUCAAUCAAGGCCUGAGUGCUGCCCAGAUCACAGAUCAUUAUGCAAACUGCAUCAAGCUCUCUACAGAAAAUAAAAUUAAUGCCAAGAAUGCAUUUGGUCUGCACUUGAUUGACUACAUGGCCGAACUCCUCAAAGAGAAGACGGGAGAAAUGACAAAUUUCCAGGUUGCUAGCUGUACGCUGGAUGCAAGCGCCAAGAUCUACGCCGGCCGCGUGGAUGCCAUCCAUGCUGACACCUACAAGAUGCUAGGAGGGCUCGGCCACGGAGACAGACAGAGCAAAGAAGGUGAAGAAGGUCCCACAGAGGCCGGAGAAGGAGGAACUAACACCAACAAGAAACAGAAAAAGCGACACUCCAACACUGUCGAGAGCAACUUGAAGAACAUCAACCUGAAUAAAUUAGACCUUGGCUUUGAGAUGGACCCCUUGUUCCACAAGACCUCGGCUGCCUUUGAUGAAGGGGGUACCUUCGGCCUGCUCCUCAACCACCUGACUUGCAGGGACGACGAGGGCGAGCUCCUUCUGGACUCCACCACGAUGGCCAGCUCUGUUGGCACGCAGACGGACGAGGCCCUAGAGUCUGCCAGGCAGGCAAGGCUGGACUUGUCCGACCUCAGAGAUGUGUACGCUGGUGUCAACUUGGAUGCCCUGCAGAUUUGUCCGCAGUUUGCCGACUUUGAGUUUACCAACUGGAACAAAGAUGGCAAGGAUGACUUUGCCGCCAUGAUCGAGCAGAUGGGUAAGAGCGACCAGGCCUUUGAUGUUAACGCUGUCCCAGAACCUCUUGACGAGCCUGACGCUGGCCAGCCAGAAUUUGGCACGGACCACUACACGGCCGGGGGCUUCAGCGACUGUGACGACGACUGUGACGGUGGGGAGGGGGUGGGGUCAAUAGGAGAGGCGUCUGUGUUCAUGGCUGACGGCCAGGAAGCUCGGCUGGUAGGAUCAAGCGGGUGCAGGACCCUGUCCACAGCUGGUCAGCUGUGUCUUCAGCUGUCACUCCAGCCCACCGAGUACUCCUACUUCAACAUGGAUAAACUCACCACCUGGGCGGGCCCACAGCACUGGAAGCUAAAACCGCAUUCUAAAGACCCAUCCUCGUUAGGUAACGGAGAGGACGAUAAGAAGGCAAAGACUAAGAAGCCUGUCUUCAGGAUAGACUACGAGGAGGAUGUGAACUUUGACAAGUACUUCUCCGAAUCCAAGGCGGCCACCACGCUAUCCAAGGCCACCCUAGACAAGUACAGCAAGAGCGUCACCACACUCCCUGGGGAUCUCCACUACAACCCAGAUUCUCUCUUCAAGCUCUUCCUCAAGCCAAACUUUGUGGUCAGGAGGCAAGUCAGUAACAAUGACAGCAUGGACGAUGGCAUCGGCAGCUAUGACUACAACAACGCCAAUGACUGUGCCAACUUCUGUCCGGACACGGGGGUUGAUGAUGAGGAUGAUGACCAUGGCAGGAGUGGGGAUAUGAGUUCAGGACCCAGUGACUUCAGCCAGACCUGCUCCCAGAGCAGCUACAUCAAUGACAGCGUCUUUGAUGCCACCCUCUUGCAAGGAGACAGGCUGGUGGCUCAGCCGCACAAGGUGGCCAAGAUUGAUAUCCAGUACGCCAGGACGGCCAAAAAGAUGGACGUCAAGAAACUCAAGUCGCUGAUGUGGCAGCAUUUGACAGCGGACAAGGAAGAAGACAAGGAAAACAUCCCCUCAGAGACUGAUGCCAACAAGAAGACGUCGGUGGCGGGCGAGCAGUGCUUCAGUGACAUGUACCAGGUCCUGCCGGCCAAACUCUCCCGCACCAUGGCCAAGAACCUCAGCAUUCCCAUCGCCUUUGUCUGCCUCCUCCAUCUGGCCAAUGAAAAGAGUUUGCAGAUUGUCAACAACGAGGAGGAUCUGGUCAUUACUCAGAACUGAACUCUGAAGAGUCUACCUCAGUCAGUUCCCUGCCCGUCUCUGCUCUGCACGCUUCCCCUACCCUUCAACGUGUUCAUUUGCCCAAACCUGGAGAAACCCCCCCCCCAAUGAUGGAGCAGUGGUGCAUCAUAACUCUACCUCCCCAUCUGUAGAUGCAUCACCGAGGACACGCUGCAGCGCUAGUGUCCAGUGUUGAUGGUAUUCCCAUUUUUUACAGACAAAAGAAGAGACAUAUUUUCCAUCUUGUGAUAAGGGGUUGGUUACCUGUACAGGAUAGCAUAGGACCGUGGUCAUAGAGAAAAAUCAAUUCCCGUCAAAAUUCAGAUGCAUAUGUCUGAGAAAGCUACUGGAACAUCCUGGGAGAUUGUCAGAGUUCUGAAGUGUCAGGCAGAGCAAUACGGGAUGAACCCGACGAUCCUGGAAAUUUUGUAACAUUAAGAUCUGACUGGAUGAAGACUUUAUGAUGUACACGUGCUUGCUCUUAAUAUUUCGUCAUUUUUUUGUGACUACAUGCAUUCGUUUGCCAUUCAUCCGGAGGUGAAAUGGAUUGUGUGAUUAAGCUCAACUGUUCAUUCUCUUCAAAUUCCAAUUGGCUCCCAUCAUGCAUGAAAUUUCUCCCCUUCGGAUGCAUGAUUUUAGUUUUUAUGUUGUACAGUGCGCACAAAGAAUUGUCCUUGAAGUACAUUCAUCUAGUUGCUGUAAAUAUUUUAGCAGGCAUAUUUUUCAGUGUUGUAAAUUAAUGGAGCUGUUAGUCAGUCAAGACUUUACUUUUAUUUGUUUCUCACUAUGAUUUAGGGCUGAAUUUUUAAUUGGUAGCUGCUGUGUUUACACGUAUAGUUGGCAUGUGUCGGGACUCGGGAGUAGUGAAGGACUCGUACACUUCUGUGCUAAAAUUUAAAUUGAAUGAAGUUCAUUUAUACGCUAUAUUGCUCGGGCGUGCAACUUUUCCUCCGAUCAGCUGAUUUCCUCGUUUUCCACUUCACACUCCUGCCAGUUGAAAAUGAAAAAACACUGUACAAAGUCUUGUAAAGAUCAACAUUUCCUCGUUUUUUGUCAAAGUCCAAGUUUCAUGCCUGGUUGAAAGCAACAGGUGCCUACAUGUACAUGUAGUUGAUGUGGCUUGGAUGAUUAUAAUUGAGGUGUGUAAUAUGACAGUGUUUCUUUAAGUUCACGACACGAAUAUGGAAAUUCCGCUUAUUUUAAAGAAAUCGAGUCCAAAACUGUGAUAUCCAGUCUGUGAUACACAUGUGAGGGAUCUGAGUAAUCCGAGUAACCAAACCCAAGAAAAAUACAAAUGACACGAGAACAAACUCAACGUGAACAAUUACACAACAGCCUCGUAAUACUGGUGAACACAAGUACAAUGCUUGUAUGUUUUAAUGUUAAUAGGCACAUGAUUCUCUUGUGGUACAGUGUACACUUCACUGAGUAAACUCUGAGUACUAGUACAGUUGUAUCAACCCAUCACGAAGUGUGACAACUACGUGAAAUAACAAACGACCUUGUCUCCAUAAAUACAAACCACACUAAUCAUUAGGGUUCUUUAUCUUGUUACCUGACAUUACAUUACAGUUCAAGGUUUUUGUCUCUAUUUUGUCAAGAUCUCCUUUUCUCUGCAUUUCUUCCAAGACACUGAAACGUGACUACUACUGUCCAUCAGUCUCUGGGGACAAGGGCGGGAAAAAGUUACAUAAUAGGCUCAAUCUAUUAAGGAUAUCGCACAAGAUUAACUAUCUUAGCCCUUUGAUGCGCCAAAGCGGUAAAAAAAAAUUACACUCUACUUGUCUUCUUUUGCCUGGCACAAGAGACUCCUAAAUAAACUGUUCUCAAAUUGCACAUUAGUAAUACAGCACAUAGGUUUUCGGGGGAAAAGUAGCAUAAUAAAUAUGCCCAUGGGCAAAUAAAGACAAAAUAAAUUAACAUAUGUAAUUACAAAUAAAUAGGCGUGCAUCGUAUCUUUCCACAUAUAUAUAUAUAUAUAAUUACUGACUGUAUGCAAUUGCAUGUGAUGGUACAACAGCUUUGCCGUGUACAUGUAGGUGUCUAAUAAAUUAAUUCUAGAUAAGCACAUAUCUGGAUUGGUAUCUCUUUGUAAAUGAGAUGAAGAAUUGCAAAUAAAGGCAAGAUGCUCAUAUUGAGGAUGUUAAUAAAUAACUGGUUAAUACACGUUUUUAUGACACAGACGUGUGAUAUGAGAAAAUACGGUUAUUCUUUCAGAUUUUCCAAGUAAUGUUCAUGAGAACAUGGGUCUAAAUGUCAUUUAAAUCAGUGCAUUGACUUUCAUUGACAAAUGUUUUGACAAAGCUUCAUUAAUACACAUUAUACAAGUACAAACUCUACACUUUGUGAUUGUUUCUUCCCCAGUACCGAGGCAAUCAUUACAAAUAUCCUGUUAUUGGCACUUCAGUAGUCACAUCAAAUUUCAUGAUUCCAGAUUAAAUGUCUGCACAAGCACACCUCACAAAGCCCAUACAGUGCACGUACAGCAAAGUGUGCCAUUUAAUAUUACCAAUAAACAAUCUUUCUUGCAUGAAGUUUCACGUUGUGGAUGUACGUGUAUGUGCAAGACAGUGCAUCAAGCUCGCCAUGAUCAAGACUUGUACACGUUCAACACCCACAACUGACGUAAACAAAAGGAGCGCUGUGCACGCACACACGCCCACGCAGUACCAAGAUGAAAUGAAUUUAUGGUUGACAUUAUCAACACACAGCCACAACAGACAUUAUGUUAACGACCAAAUGCAUUCAUUUUCCAUCAGUCUCAGUUACAGUGGUACACUGCAUUUCACGGUGUGAUUUGUCCUGGUGCAUUUAAAGAGACUGAAUUAUACACAGUGAUUGUGCUUUCUUACCUUACAUCAACACGUCAAAUAUUCUCCACAUUAUUUCAUGUACGUGUGUGUAGAUUGCGGUGCUGUCAUGUCAUGACUUGAUAAUCCUAUGGUAUACUGCAGAUUUUGGACCCUGUGUUUACAGAACCUUCCAAGGUUUCUAGAGCGUGUGCCAUUGUAACAAAUGGGCGGUCUUUGUCAUUACUAUGUUUAACGUAAAGGGUUAGCACAUUUUCUUUUAUCUGUUUAUUUUCCUUAGAAUUCAGGAUUUUUUAUUCAGGACCUACAUGUGUAGGUCGUGAACUUUGAAGGGGAAACAACCGGUCCUCUUAGGAAAAUCCCACUGUACAUGUACUUCAAGGAAAUAAACAUCUUCCAGCAGUACUUUCAAGUGUCACAAAGAUACUAGCCUACCACUUACAAAAAGACACCGCAGUGGAGUCAUUAAGGAAAAUUUUCAAGAGGUCUUGUCUUUUCACCCAUGAUUCUAUCACGACUGUGUAUCUGCACCAGCAUGUACGGUAAUUGUAGCUACCUGAAUUAUCCUUUUAAAGUUUUUUUUACAAUAGUGCAGCUCCUUUUUAAAAGGUCUCGGCACGCUGAGCAAACUACUUUUGUCUCAUAUCUGCUUGAGAGCUAGCAAUGUAAAGUUGCACUUUGAGAAUUCCAACCGGGGAGUCCAUUGGCAUAACCGAAUCCACCUGUGCCAGACACCAUAGCAAACAUCCAACUGACGGCACAAUAGAACAGCACAGGUGCGGGGUGACAGCAGCGUCACAAAUACAUGUACACAGACAGUGGCGCCACGGCGCCAAGUCUCAGCACUGACCAAACUUUCCCAACGUGCGUCUACUUCACUCGUACCACUUAUUUUCAAUUUCGACACCAAAUCUACACGCAAGUGUACCUACAUGUAGGUGAAUAUAUUUACUACACAGAGGAGUUUGCACACAGUUGCCAAAUAAACUCGGCUGUACUGUCCUGUUACAGUAAAAGCCCAGAGUUGUUAAAUCCAAUGUUAAAUAGUAUGCAUUUACGGCAUGUGUCCAUUUCCACGUACCACUUUACGGUGUAAGAUGAAGAAUUGAAGAAACAAAAUGAGGUCUAAAAUAUAUCAUAUACUACACCUAUAAACUCCCGCCAGGAGGCUAUAUUCAGAUUGCACUAGUGAGUCAUAUCAACAUAUACCAUAGACUAUUUUCCACUAUUACAGGAAACCAAAACUGACAGAUAAAUAUAACUGCUCACUAUAAGUGAGCAUAGAAUUCAGAUUUUUGCACAAAUUUUUUUCUUAUUUUUUCUUCUUUUUCUCUUUGUACCAAUUGUAAUACUUAUAUGACGAGGUAAACAUUAAUUUCAGUCUACACUAUAACAAAGUCUUUCUUCACCUGAAUAAAGAUUUCAACAAGUGUAAGGUUGUAAAGAGCAAGAGAUCCAUCCCUUCAGACAACUCAGCUGAAUGUACUUUUGGGCACUGCAAUGCCUUAGGCACUGGGCGAUGCCCUAGUACAUGUACAUAUUCAAAGUACAUGUACAUGCGCUGGCGUGUACAUGUGCAAUGCGUACAUUCACUUCAGUGUGUGCAUGUAGGCAUACGGUAUGAACAAUGUGCAUACAUGUAGCAAACAAUGUGUCUGUGCUUAGCCCAUCACAAACACUCCUGAAUCAAAGACUAAUGUACAAGCACCGUGAUGGCUAACUGCAUCAAAUAACACAACGAUCAAUGCUCAACCUUGAUGUACAUGUACACAUGUACGUGUAUGUGCAUACAAUGUACACGUAAAAACUAUGAAACCACAUCGCUUCAAGAGUUCCUACAUCUCUGGAGGACUUGGGCCCAAAAAUAUAGUUCUGCUUCCCAUUACUUGACAGAUAAGAAUUUUGUUUUGAAAUUAUGCUUUUUUCACUGAGGAUUCAAUGUAUAGCUGGAAGUAUUAAGUAGUGAAAAUCGGCUGCCCCAGUGGAUGGGUGGUAUUUGUGAUACUAGUUGCAAGCAUAAACUGUUCAACCUUUGUGUACCGCAUUCAAACUAAAAAGGGCGUAAUUUUUUCUUCAUUUCCACUUUCAAUCUUUCCCACAAUUUUUCACCUCCAAAAUGAUUUUCAGGAUCGCAACGUCAAAAUAGGGAAGGCCGAGGAACAGAAAGCCUAACUAUUUGGGGGGCCUUCUACGUGUAUACACAUUCUUCAAUUGCCUAAUGGUUGUCUCUUAACUAUGCACUAUAUCCCAUUCCAAAAAUUGAAUUUCACAACCGUAAAACCCUACUACAUUUCUACCUAACACAGAUAUAGAGAAGCAAAAUUUUAUGAAGUACCAGAAGGAAAAAAAAUGUGGAAAGUAUAACAAAAAGAAGAAAGGAAAUG